CUAUUCGCUGCAGCAUGUCGAGACGCUUACGCGCACGACGUCUCCCCUCUAUUGUUAUUGUGGCGUGCGCGUGAGGAACAGGCAGGAUGCACGAGGAGACAGUGGGGCCGUUAUAAGGAUAAAACAACAGAGAAACACUAAACUCACGCAGUACAACAUAUGAGAAAUAAACAGUAGCCUAUAAUAUCUAUAUGUCUAUAUAUAGGAAUUCUCAGAAACAUUAGCCCUGUGAACACAGAGCCACACGUAGGUCUGAUACAAAGGGCUAUAAACACAAACAGCAGCUCUGGUCAACACGGACAACACGGAGAGAGCUGUCGGAGAGCCCCGCGGUCUUUCUGUCCCAAGUUCUUCUCUCCACUCUGGCUCAUGUGGACUGAUUCAGAACUGGGCCAUCAUGAUGCCAGUGAACUUUCUGGUCACUCAUUGGCUGACCAACUUAAUACCAGCAUCCUCUGUGUGUCCUCCUCCUAAUCUCUGCGGUGAUGCCUGCUGUGCUGGUCGCCAUGCCAGCCGGCUUCAGCACAAUUCUCACAACUAGCAUGUUUACAGAGGCAGCUUAAAGAAGUUACAGCAGCAUCAUGUCAGUGAACCCUCCGAGCAGCAAUGACGCCUGCCUCAGCAUCGUCCACAGCCUCAUGUGCCACCGGCAGGGCGGAGAGAACGAGGGCUUCGCCAAGCGGGCCAUCGAGAGCCUGGUGAAGAAGCUGAAGGAGAAGAAGGACGAGCUGGACUCACUCAUCACUGCCAUCACCACCAAUGGUGUCCAUCCCAGCAAGUGUGUCACCAUCCAGAGGACGUUGGACGGACGGCUGCAGGUGGCAGGGAGGAAAGGUUUUCCUCAUGUGAUUUAUGCACGGCUGUGGCGCUGGCCUGAUCUCCACAAGAAUGAACUCAAGCAUGUCAAGUUCUGCCAGUACGCCUUUGACCUGAAGUAUGACAAUGUUUGUGUCAAUCCCUACCAUUAUGAGAGGGUGGUGUCUCCAGGCAUCGUUGGUCUCAGCCUUCAAAACACAGCAGCAUCAGGCGGCCUCAUCAAAGAGGAGUACAUCCAUGACUGUAUACAGAUGGACCUCCCACCUGGCAUGCCUCUGUCUGACCACCAAGCGGCCCUGAAGCUGCCUCCUCCAGACCACUAUGGCCAGCCCCUGCCUCCCCCACAGCUGUCCUCUGAGCCCCAUGGACCUCCACCUGUCAGCAGAUACACUAACUUGCCAGUCUCACCCAAAGUGUCCGGCUCUGGCUCCAUGCUGCCACUGCAGGGCAGUCAAAGUGAUGGCCAUCUCCAGACUGCAUCCCCACAGGCUCAAGUCAUGACCCCGGCAGCACGACCUCCGACUCCAACCCAACCCCCACCUCAGCAACAGGCUGCCCAGCAACCCUCACAGCCCCCCCAUUCACAACAACCCUCCCUACCUCCUUCUCACUCACAUGGACAGAACGGAUACAGCAGCAAUAAACACUCUCAGAGCCAGGCUGUCUUCCACACAGUUUGGACAGGCAGCAGCACAGCCUCCUACACUCCCAUAGGACCACAGCAGAAUGGGCGUGGUCACCCACAACCUCCCCUCCAUCAUCCAAACCACCACUGGUCUCAGCAUCAUGGCUCAACCUCUUUCUCUCCUUCUGUGUCCAAUCAUCCAGGACCAGAGUUUUGGUGCUCCAUAUCCUACUUUGAAAUGGAUGUUCAGGUGGGUGAGAUGUUCAAGGUGCCCUCCAGCUGCCCUGUAGUGACUGUGGAUGGUUAUGUUGACCCGUCAGGAGGCGAUCGCUUCUGCCUCGGCCAGCUGAGUAACGUCCACCGUACAGAUGCCAGUGAGAGAGCCAGGUUACACAUAGGUAAAGGUGUGCAGCUGGAGUGCCGUGGUGAGGGCGAUGUGUGGAUGCGCUGUAUGAGUGACCACGCUGUGUUUGUACAGAGCUACUACCUCGACAGAGAGGCAGGCCGAGCACCAGGUGAUGCUGUGCACAAGAUCUACCCUGGAGCCUAUAUCAAGGUGUUUGACCUGCGACAGUGCCACAGACAGAUGCAGCAGCAGGCAGCAACAGCUCAGGCUGCAGCUGCUGCACAGGCAGCUGCUGUGGCAGGAAAUAUUCCUGGUCCAGGCAGCGUUGGAGGCAUUGCACCUGCAGUUAGCCUGUCUGCCGCAGCUGGGAUCGGUGUGGAUGACCUCAGGCGAUUGUGUAUCCUGCGACUCAGCUUUGUGAAGGGCUGGGGGCCUGACUACCCCCGGGCAAGCAUCAAACACACCCCCUGCUGGGUGGAGGUCCACCUGCACCGUGCUCUGCAGCUUCUGGAUGAGGUUUUGCACACUAUGCCAUUGGCAGACCCAGGACCUGCUAACUGAGGACCAUGACCAUAUUCAAAUUAAAAUCUGGAUUCUCUGAAUGUGCACACACAGAUACUCGUUUGGCUAUUUUUGCUUGAGGACAAAUAUGCUAUCUAAUUGAUAUACAAAGUAAAUAAAUCAGAAACACACGGAAAACAGAAGUGACCAACAACACAUUAUGCUUGUAACAAUCAGUGCACAUAUCACUAAUGCUGUCUCACAGACAUAUACACAUGCACACACACUGAAACCAAAAGGUCUGUAGCCACACAGACAUAAAAGUGCUGAUGUCUUUAGGAUUUUUCUAAUGCUUUACUCUAUAAUCUAAAGUCACACACAAGGGAGUUGGAUCUCUGAAGGUAAAGAAUUUGAAUUUGUGUUUCACCAGUUUUUCUCUGUCCUAAAGACAUUUGUAUGUACUGUAGAAAUCCAGGGAUGUGUUGCAGAAAUCCAGUUCCCCUAUAUGCAUUUUGGAUUUCUUCUCAUUUUGGGAGUUUUCUGCAAAUUCACUAAUGGAAUACACACAGACAUGUACAAUUCAUGUUAUCCAGACAGAUAACUGCAUACCUCUGGAAAAGAAAAAUUCCGACUGAAUCCAAACAGUGUUAGUGUUCUCUUUAUGUCUUACCAACAAGUGAUGUUGAAGUAUGGAUUAAGGAAGCCAGUGUUAAGUCAUCCUGUGCUUGUAGCGCGCUCUUCACUAUAUGUUGAUCUCAACUCAAACUGUUAGCCCUCUUCUAACAAUCAGCCCAAACUAUAUUAUUUUUGUAACAAAAUCUAAAAAGCCAAAAACAUUUAGCUUUAAAGUAGUGUUGUUGUUCUCUGCAAACAGUGCUACCCUGUAUCGAACCAAAUGGUUGGUGGAAAUCACCAAAGCCAGAAUACCUCAUACCUACAGUGUAAAGUCACAGUUUUGUUCUCCGCCUAAACCACACACACUUUGUUCAUCACUGACAGGAUGAGAUCAGGUCUGAAGUCAGUCUGUGAGGGUACUUGCUGUCAUGUAUACAGGCAGAACUGGAUACACUAACUGAUAUUUGUUACUUAGUUAUACUCUACAGUUUUUACAGCAGAAUGGACUUGUGGAAGAGGCUUUCUUGUAAUAUCCACAGUAUUAACAUGUAAUAUCAGACUCCAGCCUGUGCAUGUGACUGUUAUCAUCUCUUCUAGACGUGUAACUAGCAGUUGUUUUUUUUAAAUUCUGGCUUGUUGUAUCCAGUAGGUCUGUGUGUUUGGCCAUGAGAGGAGAAUAGGAUUGAAAACAGUAGCCCCUUUUUAAACAGACAUCCCACUAUAUUGCUGUUAAGAAGACCCCUCAUUAUGCCAGCUUUGCUUGUUUACACUGAACCAAACAAAGUUGGCAUAAUGCCGCCCCUGUGUGUGCUUUUAGAUAGCAUGCCGAUGCGCUGGAGUCAGAAGCGUGACAUGUAACAGCGUUGGACGGCUCUCACUUUUACACAGAUGAUGAUCCGGCUCCACUGCCGGCUUAAAGGCAGAAGAGCAAGGCCCCCCCAAUUCCGUGUUCCAUGUUCCGUGUUCACCUUGAACAGGCUGUAUGAAAGGGGCUAGAGACUGAAGCCUGCUCAGUCUGGACAGGGCUUGGGUUCCAGGAAAAUGAAGAAGACAGAAGUUUUCUGUCUCCUCUAACUUUCUCUCUCGUCAUUUGUUUUAAAUGACAAUAUAGAGUAUAGAUUACACAGCAGAGCUGCUGUCAUUAACCUGGAUUUACGUGGAUUUUGUCAGAUGACUUUGUGAUCAUAAAAUAGUGUCUUAUGCUGCUAUAAGGAGUCCUCCUAAAUGGUAGCUAAAAGUUCCAAACAAAGACUUUUCCUCCUAUAAGAGCUCUUUACAAAUUAGUUUAAAUUAGAUUGGAUAAGUAAAUAGAUAAAUUAAAGCAAAAAUUUAAACUAAAUUAAAAUUAAAAGUGGAAUCAAACUAGAUUAAAUGAAAAAUUCAGUUAUAUUUCACAUGGUGAUUAUUUAAUGUACACUUAAUGAACUGUCAAACAAAUGUAGGUUUGAAGGGCACAUUACCUGGAGCCGCUGACUGAAUGUGAGCAGGUUAGGAGCCUGGACUUCUGUCAGUCUGAGGAGCUACUCUUAGAAACUUGGUCUAAGAUAGAAGGCUCUCCUGUGGCAGACACCAGACUUGACUAAAUAAAAGGCUACUGUUUAAUUGAUGUCAAAAGGUCAAAUCUUUAGGCAAAUCCAAACUGUCCUAUACUUGGAAUAUGGUCUGUUGAUCUAGAUCCAAAGGUGAAGAAAGGACUGGUGAGAUGAGAUGUGUAGUUAGACUCUGUCAGGAAACUGAGAAACAUGUAUCAUCUGAUUCAGCUGCUUUACAAAGAUCAGCCAUUAACAUAUGCAUAUUUGUGAUUUGUGCCUUUUGUUGUCAAUAGUAGAUGCACCAACACUGGAUUCUGAGACAGGCACAAGUUUGUCUUUCUACAUAUGAAGAUUGAUGUUGCACAUUGUGGUUUGGUUUUCAGCUGUUCAGAAUCUUUUGAUGAUAUUCUGUGGUUCCCUCAGGUAUCAGUGUAGCUCAUCAAACCGGUUUAUAGAGAUGGCAAUCUUAACUGAGUAGUAUUGUUUAUUGCCUUAGUCUUUUGUGAGUGUAAAAUAUGAAUGAGUACGCUUGGCACUAUCUUAAUCUUAGCAUGGACAACGCAAAUAGAUGUCAUAUUUAUCUCUUCUCCUCUGCCCAUAUUCAGGGAAGUGUUCAAGUAGGUUUUCUCAGAUAAUGAUUAAAUUCAUCAUCAUCAUCAUCAGAUUAUCCUGACCUCUCUGCAAUCAAAUCACUGUUUAUCACAUCACAUCACCUCCAUUAUGUCUCCAGAAAUGCUUUGCAGUCAUUGCCCUUAUGUUGCCACUGUCUGUCUGUGCAUCACUAUUGAUUUACACAACUAAUGCCAAGGGGCAUCUUCAUGUUGUCACAGCUGUUUUGCUGCUUGCCGCUUUAAUCAGCUAUUUGAAGUGAUGGAGUUGGUACUAUCCGGGCUGUUAGCAGGACAGCUUGUCGGGGUUCUCCCUGUGAGCUGCAGGGGUCCUGAUCUUGCUGCUGUCUCAGGGCCUUCUCACAUGUGGCCACUGAGGAGGGAUUUUGGUCAUUUUCUUUUUUUUCCUAAUCAUUUCCAAGGAUGUUUCCUAGAAAGAAACCAUUUUAUUUCAUAUUAAUUAAAGGGAAAAUAGAACAGGCUUUAUUUAAACCCAGAUACACGUCCUUUAUUCACUGAUUAUUGGACACUUUAUUCCACAAAUAGGUUGGAUUGUUUGCUUGCCUGUAGACAGUUGACAGUUGUCCCAAAAAAGAGUAUAUUACAAUGGCAAUAGUUGGAAUGGAUGAAUUGGAAGUGUACCAACUGAACAUUGUUUCCAUUUCCCCCAUAAUGAGUACCAAAUGAUAUAUUGUAGUUCUUUCCAUACAACAUCUUUGAAAUCAGUAAGAAAUUGCAGACUUGUUUAAGAGCAUCCCAGAUUUUCCGGCGCCAUGUUCCGAACAUUUAAUUAAGCUGUUGUCAAAAACAAACACUCUCAGGUCCACCUCAAACCUGUGGUCUGAAGUUGGCCUCUGUUAAGUCUGCACUAAACGCAAAACCCAAGUACUCAGUACAUGGGUUGAUGAGUAUGAUUGGCUUUCACAUCAGUGGUUUGACAGUAUGAGUACGGUCAGCCAUGCAGCAGUAUAAAAACAUGUAAUAAAACAGUUCGAACAGGCCCCCACCUUGUGUGACUGUGUUGCUGCAUUAUGACAUGCCGCUCCCCCAUGCAGGACUAAUUUAAUAACAGCAAGUGUCGUCUUUGUAAACACAAAGGACACUUCUCCUUGUAAAAGUUUAUUUUUUUCUUUACAACAAUAACACACCUGUGUGUACAGUGGAUGUGUCUAUUUAUCAUGAAUAAAACCAAACCUGCAGUACCCCCCUGUCAAAUCCUUACUCAACACAACCUCGUCCAGACUCUAUAUUGG